GGGGAUUAGCUCGGGCCUUAUCAACACCCUUAUCCCCAUGUUGAGCGUUGAAAUGUCAUCUUCCGCCGCCGAACACAACUUGGUGCUUAACCCGGAUCGGACGUAGAAUCGGCUUAAACCCGUGAUGACGCUCCACGCAGUGGACCCGGUGGAUCCUUCACGAUCGCUGACAAAAUGCACAAAAUACAACUGAUCCCGAGAGUGGGAGUAUGGAACCCUGCUAGAAUUUUCGAUGACCCAGUGGACGGCGAUCAUGACGUUAAAAAACUUGUGACACACUCUCUAUAUAAGAGGAUGAAUGGACCCGACCCAACAAAACCCAUCUUCAUAUUUCAAAGUGAAGUCGAUCGAAAAGACAUUCAAACAUCACCAUGGGAUCUACCGAUUACAAGUUUGAGGGCUGGAUGGGCCUCGACCCGGAGUCUGCCAAGGGUAAGAUGGUUUGGCAGGAGUUCGAGCCCAAGCCCUGGGAGGAGACAGAUAUCGAUAUGCGAGUGACGCACUGCGGUAUCUGUGGCUCUGAUAUGCACACUUUGCGCAGUGGAUGGGGCCCUACUCUCUACCCGUGCUGUGUCGGACACGAAGUGGUUGGAGUUGCCGUUCGAGUUGGCUCCAAGGCCGAGGGAAACAUCAAGGUUGGAGAUCGCGUGGGUGUUGGUGCGCAAAGCGGAUCUUGCCUGAACGUCGAUGGCGACUGUGAAGCUUGCGCCAACGGCCUUGAGCAACACUGCAACCGUAUGGUCGGAACAUACAACGGCACCUAUGCCAACGGCGGCAAGUCCUAUGGUGGUUAUUCGCUGUACAACCGAUCCCCGUCGCACUUUGUGAUCAAGAUUCCCGAUGCCAUCCCCUCUGCCGAGGCCGCGCCCAUGCUUUGCGGUGGUAUCACCACAUAUUCUCCCCUGCGCCAGCACGGCUGUGGCCCGGGAAAGAAGGUCGGCAUCGUUGGCGUUGGUGGUCUGGGCCACUUUGGUAUUCUCUUCGCCAAGGCCCUGGGUGCCGACCGCGUUGUCGCCAUCUCUCGCAAGGCCAACAAGAAGGAGGAUGCGUUGAAGCUGGGCGCCGACGCAUACAUCGCGACCGACGACGACGCCGACUGGGUGAAGAACAACGCUCAGUCUCUCGACCUGAUCAUCUCCACCGUUUCAUCGUCGAAGAUGCCCAUUACCGGAUACUGUCAGCUGCUGCGCACUCGUGGCACACUUGUCCAGCUGGGCGCUCCCGAGGACGGUGGUCUUGAGAUUCCGGCUUUCGCUCUGAUUGCCAAGGGUAUCAAGCUUGGUGGUUCGAUAAUUGGUAGCCCCGAUGAGAUUCGGGAGAUGCUGGACCUCGUCGUGGCCAAGAACGUCAAGCCGUGGGUUGAGGAACGACCCAUGAAGGAGGCCAACCAGGCGAUCCAGGAUAUGAAUGAUGGCAAGGCUCGGUACCGUCUGGUGCUGAAGAACGAGUGGUAAACUUGAACAGAUCAUCGUGAUUGAAUACCCGGCGGGAGACUAGGACGACUGCUCUUUGUGGUGCUCCUGCUCGAUUGGCGUUUGCUUGUUAGCGUGUUUGUAUAGACGAGGAUCAUGUUCCUUUUCCAAAAUAGAAAGAGCGUCUCACUCUGACGUUUGCCCGUUUGCAUCGGCACUUCCCCUCUGCGAUAC